AUGUCCCUGAAUCACAUUCCAAAAGUCGACAUCCAACCAUUCGUUAACAUGCUCGAGGAUCAGCUAAGCUACCGGAAACCAACAGGAACUAUACCCAAAACCGUUAAACCAUCCUUCGAACAGUGGCAACGCGAAACGAUUGGAGUACGAAAGGUUCGUGAGCUGCAGCAGAUGCACGAAAAGGAAAACGACAUUCGUAGGAAACGAGAAAUAGAGUUGACGGAAAAGCUUAAACAUUUGGAUAUACAGCGGCAAGCAGAAGCAGACAGAAUGAGGAAGGUGGAAGCAGAUCUUCGGCAGCAACUGCAAGAAUUUCGGGAACAUCACGAAGGAAUCUAUAGACAGCGCUUGCUAGAUUUGGAGAAACGUGACGACGAGCUGAACCAACUUCGACGGGUGGAAAAGCAGUUACGCGAUGAGUUAGAUGUAGCUCAUGGGCGACAACCAAGCUUAGGGGAUAGUGUUUUCAAUAUUAGUCCCCGAACAGGUAACAUUCCUCCUCCUCCAUCUGCUAUGUCACCGGCACCCUCUCCACUAAAUAUUUUUCCAAAUUACACACCACCAAUCCAACCAACAUACAUUCAAACACACCCGAACGAUUUUCAACACCCUGUAGAGAAUAAUACGCAGUUUCAGUAUGGUCCAACUCCCACGCAAAUGGUAGCUCGUCAUGUGUUCGCUAAGGACUUGCCAAUAUUCGAUGGGAAUCCUCUUGAUUGGCCACUGUUUAUCACCAGCUACGAGCAGUCUUCGAAUGCGUCUACCCACAGUGGACCUUCAAUCGUUCGGUCAGUAUAUGUAGCUGUAAGUACGAGUAAGAUUACGUUACGCCGGGAUGAUCGGGUCAAGUCCAAGAACAAAGCGUUCGUGAACACCCACACAGCCGUGAAUAUAUCUGGUGAUUUAACUGAAGUUCCUAAUAUAAACCAUCCUCCAGAUACGGGAGCAGAUUUCAAAACGUGCAUAGCUUGCAAGGGAAAGUGUAGGUCGAUGGAAAAGUGUUCUAGAUUUUUAAACAUGUCAUUAGAUGAUCGUUGGUCGUUAGUGAAAGAACGCAAAGUAUGUCGUCGUUGUCUUACGCCGCACCGUCGUUGGCCAUGCAAAGGAGAAGUAUGCGGAACCAACAAUUGCCAGAAGAAGCAUCAUCGACUGCUGCAUUUCGAACCAAAGGCUCCUGAGACAACAGUUGCAACAGUUUCUAUCCAUCGGCAAGUAAGUAGUUCAAUCCUGUAUCGAAUUCUUCCAGUCACACUGUACGGUCCCAAAGGAAAGGUGGAAACGUUUGCCUUUUUAGACGACGGUUCUGCAGUAACAUUGUUAGAGGACAAUAUAGCCAGACAAUUAGGAGCAGAAGGAAAAGCAACGUCUUUGUGUAUUCAAUGGACUGGAGGCGUAACUAAAACGAUUUCCGGAACCAGGAUCGUGGAGUUAGAGAUAGCAGCCGAUAGUAGUGGAAUUCGGUUUCCUUUGUCGAAAGUUUAUACAGUAGAUUGUCUUGGUCUUCCUAAACAAAGCAUUAAUUACGAAGCGUUGUCUAGAGAAUAUAGUCAUCUCAGGGGUCUUCCGGUGGCGAGUUUUAAUUCAGCAGUGCCAGGAAUACUUAUUGGUCUCAGCAAUAUGCAUUUACUGACAACUUUGAAAGCCAGAGAAGGAGGUACAGGAGAACCGGUAGCGAUGAAGUCUCGCAUUGGCUGGUCGGUGCAGGGUUGCUUACCAGGGGGAGCAGAAAGUAUGCCACAUCGUCAAAUGCAUGUUUGCGCUAGAGAGGAACAAGAUCUUCAUGAAUAUGUUCGACAGUUCUUUGAGUUCGAGAGUUUGGGAGUAACGGUGGCUCCAGAGAGAAAAUCAGCUGAUGAUCUUCGAGCACAACACAUUUUGGAAUCUACAACGAAACGAGGCACAGACGGUCGUUUUGAAGUGGGGUUGCUGUGGCGAUACGAUUACGUGGAGUUUCCCGAAAGUAAGCCUAUGGCUGAAAAACGAUUCAAAUGUUUGGAAAAACGGCUCCAUCAGAAUCCAGCUUUGUACAACUCAGUUCGACAACAAAUAUUAGCAUAUCAGCAAAAGGGAUACGCACAUCAGGCUUCGGAAGCAGAAAUUCAAUCCUUUGAUAUCCGACGGACAUGGUACCUGCCACUUGGAAUUGUACUGAACGAUAAAAAGCCGGGAAAAGUUCGUCUAAUUUGGGACGCUGCGGCGAAGGUCGAGGGAGUUUCACUGAACAGCAUGCUGAUGAAAGGUCCAGAUCUAUUGACUUCUUUAUUGUCCGUUUUAUUUCGUUAUCGAGAAAGGGAGGUGGCCAUUUCAGGUGACAUCAGAGAUAUGUUCCACCAGAUGACUGUGCGGAAGGAAGAUCGCUCCGCCCAGCUUUUCCUGUGGCGGGACACUCCAGAUCAAGAUAUCCAGACGAUGGUAGCCGACGUUGCUAUAUUCGGUGCCACAUGCUCACCUGCACAUUCCCAGUAUGUGAAAAACUUGAAUGCAGCCGAACAUGCGGACAGAUACCCUAAAGCAGCAGCAGCGAUCAUGGAUUCACACUACGUUGAUGAUUAUCUUCAACGCGUUGAUACAGCAGAGGAGGCGAUGGAGUUAGUCGAGCAGGUGUCGAAGGUCCAUGCCAACGGGGGAUUCCAAAUAGUUAACUGGUUGUCAAGCUCUAAAUUAGUUCUGGAGAAACUAGGUGAAGUGGAUCCUGCUAGCGUUAAAGCUUUACGAUUUGAUGGUGAGUCAGGAGAAGUAGUGGAGGAACGUCUUCUCGGAAUGGUUUGGCAACCGAUAACGGAUACCUUCUCAUUCUCAUUGGUAUUCCGUAAGGAAGUAACUGAUUUGAUCUUGGGUGAAGUGGUUCCCACAAAACGACAACUUCUUAGACUCGUGAUGAGCAUUUAUGACCCGCUCGGCAUGGUUUCAAAUUUCGUAAUUCAUGGUAAAAUACUUUUACAAGAAGUUUGGAGAUCAAAAACCGGAUGGGACGAACAGAUUACCCCUGAAAACGUGACACGUUUCAAGCUUUGGAUAGAGUUUUUGAGGAAAAUAGAAAUGGUCCAUAUCCAUCGAUGUUACUUCCCUGGGUAUCGCAGAGACAGUUUCCAGAGCCUGCAACUUCAUAUAUUUGUAGACGCUAGUGAGCAGGCGUAUGCAGCAGUUGCAUUUUUCAGAAUUGUGGAUUGUGGUGUAGUUCGAUGUACCCUCGUUUCAUCUAAGACCAAGGUUGCACCGCUGAAGCUGUUAUCUAUCCCACGUUUGGAAUUACUUGCGGCGGUUUUAGGUGUUCGGAUUAGAAAAACGAUUGAAUCAGAGCAUUCACUGGAAGUCAAGCAGACCUUUUUCUGGAGCGACUCUUCAACGGUCCUUGCUUGGAUCAGGUCGGAUCUACGGAAGUAUAGUUUGUAUGUGGGACACCGAAUCAACGAAAUUCUGGAAUCGUCUCGAAUCGACGAGUGGAGAUGGGUUCCAACUCGCCUCAACGUCGCUGACGACGCAACGAAAUGGGGGAAAGGACCGUCGUUUGAACCGGAAGGCCGUUGGUUUAGAGCCCCAAGUUUCCUUUACGAUGAACAAGAAGAAUGGCCUAAAGAUCGUGCUGUACCGGAAACAAUCGAGGAGGUGCGUUCAUUCCGUAUCAACACACACGUUUUAUCAGAACCGAUCGUCGAUCCCACUCCCUUUUCCAAAUGGGAAAGGCUGUUACGUGCUACAGGCUACGUCCAUUGCUUCAUCGAUUCCAGGAAAAUGGAAUCGAAAAAAUUGACUAGUGAACACCUAAGAAAAGCGGAGCAAACUUUGUGGAAAGUAGCACAAGCUGAGUUCGGUGAGGAAAUUGCAGUUUUGAAUUAUAACAAGAAUGUCACGUUGGAGAAGAAACGGAAAAUUAAGAAAUCAAGUCCGAUAGCAAGCUACAACGCCUUUCUAGAUGAAGCAGGCGUCUUGAGAGUAAGUGGGCGUUUGGAAGCGGCUGAUUGGUUACCCUAUGACGCAAAGUACCCUAUAAUACUUCCCAAAAAUCAUCGGAUCACCGUUUUGUUACUGGACUGGAUGCAUCGGAAACACCAUCAUGCGAAUAACGAAACAGUGACCAACGAAAUUCGACAGAGGUUUCGAAUUCCUCGACUACGAGUACAAGUGCAAUUGGCCAAGAAGAACUGCAUGUGGUGUCGGGUUUACACGACAGUGCCGGCAGCACCAAUAAUGGGGCCACUUCCCAGAGUGAGAAUCACUCCCUUUCUGCGCCCCUUUACUUAUUUGGGAAUCGAUUAUUUCGGGCCAUACUUGGUUAAGGUGGGAAGAUCAGCAGUGAAACGUUGGGUUGUGCUCUUUACAUGCCUGACCAUAAGAGCUAUACAUUUGGAAGUGGCAGCGACGUUGACAAGUGAUUCAUGUAAGAAGGCGAUUCGGCGAUUCAUUGCUCGUCGAGGUGCGCCUGAAGAAAUUUAUACGGACAACGGAACCAAUUUCUUGGGUGUUAGUCGUGAGCUACAAGCAGAGAUGCAGAAAAUCAACAACGAACUUAGCAGCACUUUUACCGACACGUCGACGCAGUGGCAUUUUAUUCCCCCCGCAGCGCCGCAUAUGGGCGGGUGCUGGGAAAGGAUGGUGAGAUCGGUUAAGGCAGCAUUAGGAUCGAUACCGACAGAAAGGAAACUUGACGACGAAUCACUUAGCACCGUAUUGGCGGAAGCAGAACACAUGGUGAACUCGAGGCCGUUGACAUUUAUUCCGCUGGAAACAGAAAAUGAUGAAUCGCUGACACCUAAUCAUUUUUUGCUGAUGAGUUCUCAAGGAGUGCGCCAGGGUAUGAAAAAACCAGUAGAACAAGCUGUUGCCUUCAAAAGAAGUUGGGAUACGAUACAAUAUGUUCUACAAUGCUUCUGGAGACGCUGGAUCGUCGAGUACCUACCAACCAUUACACGUAGGACAAAAUGGUUUGAAGAAGUACGUCCGAUAAAAGAGGGUGAGUUGGUUGUAAUUGUGGAUGAGGGUGUCAGGAAUCGUUGGAUACGUGGAAAGGUUCUGAAAACUCAUUUGGGUAAAGAUGGCAUAGCCAGAGCCGCAGAUCUACAAACAAACAAGGGUAUUUUAACCAGACCGUUUACCAAAAUCGCACUGCUAGAUGUCGGAGUGCAUGACACCGAUGCAGAGACUACGGUGACAUGA